GUCAGAAUUAUUCGUAGUUGGUCAAGUCAGAUCACGUUUUCAUUACACGAAAUAUGGCUUUCAAACUGCUUUACUGUGUGUUUGGACCAGUGACAAUCCCUCAACGGUAUAUAAUGAUCGGUAUGAUCCAGCUAGCAAUGGUGAAUGCCUAUCAUUUUCGAGUAGUCCUCAACAUCGCCAUCACAGAGAUAAUAAAACCCAGGAAUUACACUGAAUCCGUCGAUGCUUGUCCCAAUUACGUAUACGAAACCCUAGAAAUCAAAGGAGGAAGUUACGAUUGGCCUGUAUGGAUAGAAUCAUUCAUACUCUACUCCUUCUACAUCGGUUACUCCAUAUCGCACAUACCAGGAGGGUGGCUAGCUGAUAAAUUUGGGGCCAAGCAUGUGAUGGGAACUUGCAUCCUAGUCUCGUCAAUUUUGAACCUGUUGUAUCCAUUGGCUAUUUCCAAGGGUGGUUAUAGAGCAGCUAUCGUGCUAGGGACAUUCGUUGGCUUGUUCCAAGGACCUUUGCUUCCAACAAUCACAACAUUCAUUCAGUGGUGGGUUCCUAUCAAAGAAAGAGCACUUCUAGUGAGUAUAGCGUUCGGAGGAUCAACCUUGGGUACUGUUACAGGAAAUGUAUUCAGUGGUAUGAUAAUCAAACGUACCAAGAGCUGGCCAAUGGCCUUCUAUGUUUGGGGAAUAUUCGGAAUGGUUUGGUACUCAUUUUAUGUAUUCAUGGUUUACUCCAAACCAAGAACUCAUCCAUUCAUAACGGAGGGAGAGUUGCAGAUGCUGGAUGAGCAAGUGGAACACAGGAAAAGCUUCAAGGUUCCUUGGGUGAAGAUCUUGAGGAGUUUACCAGUUUGGGCGUUGGUCGCUGGACAGGCUGUGCACAAUUAUAUUUUUUUCACCGUGAUGACCGACUUGCCAAAGUACUUGAAAGAAAUAUUGAAGGUGAAUGUGGAGAAAAACGGACUUGCUACGGCAUUGCCAUUCUUAGCUCUGUGGAUUUCACAAAUACUAUUUGCGUAUUUUGCCGACUACAUCGUUAACAACAACAUCAUAAGUGUAUUGAAAGCUAGAAAAUUAUUUACGGCAUUCUCUGCGGUAGUUCCAGCGUCUGUUCUAGUUCUGGUUGUAUAUAUCGGUUGCAACCGAACUCUGGUCAUCACAUUAUAUACAAUGGCAUUAUUUUUAGUUGGUCCAUUUUUUUCUGGCAUGAAAGUUAACCUGAACGAUGUCACAAUUCAUUACGGUGGUACAAUAGCAGCGAUAGUGAGUUGCAUAGCAUCGACGACAGGUGUGUGGGGACCUCUAGUAGUGGGAUUGUUAACACCCAAUUCAUCUCUGGGAGAGUGGCAAAGAGUGUUUUUGAUAAUGUUAGGCGUAGCUAUAUUACUGUCCAUAUUCUAUUGUGUAUUUGCCAGUGCUGAGAGACAGAAAUGGGAUUAUCUUGAUGAUGAAAUAGAUGAAAAUUAAAUCAAA